AUGUCAAUACUACCAUUUGUUCCAGCAGUCUUGGGAGGAGUUGACAUCAUUCUCAGUGGAUUCAUUGGAAUUUACUUGUUAAUCUCCUCAAUCCUAAUCUGGGGCUUAGUCAUAACAACCAUGUGACUAGGAUUUGUGAGAUCUAAGAAAUAUCAAUGGCAUCUAAUCAUUGCCAAGGGUAUCUUGUUCAUAAUCCUCCUGAUUAUUAGCUAUAUCAAAAUGCUAACUCUAGGUGACUCAGACAGCUCUCUCUGGAAAUGGUUCAGUGCUGCUAUUGCAAUUUGUGCGGUGAUAUCACUGCUUAUGAGUGAAAUAAUGUAUUUAAAACAAAUAUUUUCAAAAAUGAGUCCGAACAAAGCUAAUAGCUUCGAUAUUUCACCUCGAAAGAACUUAUGGGUACAUCCUAAAGAGAAAGCAUCAACAAUUGAGAUAAAGCAUACUGAGAAGAAGCUUGACACUGAAAAGGAAAACCUGAUUUAAGAAAUUAGAGAGUUUCAAGCAAAUCAAAAUACUCUAUAUUUUAAGAAAUGAUUCGGAGAUACUUCCUCUGCCAGGAGAACCAAUCAAGAGAUUUUCCUCUCAUAACUCUAUUGAUUAUGCUGCAGAUAUAGAGGCCCUGGUUAAGCAAAACAAUGAGAGUGUUGACUUUAAUAUGAAGGAAGCUGGCACAGACAGGCAUAACAGCAAUAUUUUUGACUGACUCAAAGUUAGAAGAGACCGCAUACUGAGAGAAUCAAUGGAGUCACCUAAAUUCAACUCUAUUGGCUCACGGAAAUCAUCGAUUAACCCUAAUGGAUCAAAGGACGAACCUUUAGACUUUGCAACAAGCCAGUACAACAUGCAUCGGUCAGACCUAUUUCGAAAAAGAGUGCCAAUGUUUAGUUUUGACGGCGAUAAUACAAGUUCAGUCAGGUCAAAAGAGUCAAGUAAAAAUACUAUGAGCAAGAAGUCUUCGGAGAAUAGUCUGAUCAGUAAUAAGACUAUUGAUUUACCUAAUACCCCAAAUUUUAACCCUACUUGGAGGAAAUCCACUGUCUCAAGGUCACGAAGGCGAAACGCUCAUUUUUAUCAGAAAGCUUACUUUAAGAAACUCUCAAAUAUCUUAGAGGAAGCUGGCGAAGAAGCUAAAGAAGAGGAUCCACUGGUUAAUAGAAUUAACAGAGGAUCUACGCUCAGGGCGAUAAAAGAGAUUGGAGAGAACCAUAGUGCUCUUGGCCGAAACAAUGCUGAAGCUGCUUCUUCAUGAAGUUUGUCAGAUUUGACUUCGAAUUCAAAUACGAAUCAAGAUCAAGGCUCAGUUACUGAUAUUAGUCAGAAACUGAGUAUAUCAUCGAAUAAGCAUUCACAUCAAAAGGAAUCCUCAUUCACUCCUUCUGAUCAGAGCAAGAUCUCUUCGACUAAGAAGAAAUCAGCUAACAUGAGGAAAAACAGUAUUGGACAAUCAAAUCAGGAAGGCUCAGAUAUGACAGCUCCUCAUUUUGCAAAGCAAGAUGAUGCCCAGAGCCAGGCUAGGCCGUUGGAGAAAACUUCCAAAUCUGUACCGGUAAUACAGGACAAAAGGAAGAGGUCCUCUAAUACAGUUAAAUACGACUCAGUUCUCAAUAUUCAGGCGAAUAUUAGUGAAAGAAGCGGGUCAGGGGUGUAUAACCCAUUCAAAGAGAAUUAUAGGCAAAGUAAAACUAGCGAAGACUUCUAGCAUCAAUGCUCCAUUUUAAUAAUAGUUUCCAUAUCA